UAUAGACUAUAGAGUAAUGAACAAACAAAGCAGUGCCAAAUCUUGAAGAAGAAUCAAGAAUCAAGGUGCUAUGAACCAGGCAGUACAGAAAAACACUCUGUACGUAGGAGGAUUAGCAGAGGAGGUGAAUGAGGCAAUACUACAUGCUGCGUUCAUACCAUUUGGGGAUAUUAAGGAUGUGAAGACCCCAUUAGAUCAUGCGACUCAAAAGCAUCGAUCUUUUGGGUUUGUAACCUUCCUUGAAAGAGAAGAUGCUUCCGCCGCCAUGGAUAAUAUGGAUGGUGCUGAGCUUUAUGGACGUGUACUUACUGUUAAUUAUGCUCUUCCUGAGAAGAUUAAGGGUGGUGAACAGGGUUGGGCUGCUCAGCCAAUUUGGGCGGAUGCUGACACAUGGUUUGAGAGGCAACAGCAAGAAGAGGAAAUGAAGCGUCUUCAAGAAGAGCAGAAGGCUGCAAUGCAGGUAGCGGAAGACUUGCAUAGAAAAAAGAUGGCUGAGGAAAGAGAAGGUGAAAAGGAUGAAGACCCUAUGGCAAUGGCUGAAGCUGAGGUUUUGAAACAGAAUGCUACUUCCUAAUCAUUUUGAUGGCAGUAACUGUUUUACUCCACUAACUUCAACUUCAACUUCAUGUUCGAGUUGUCAGAUAACUAUUUUUACUCUUCUAUGGCUCAAGUUCACCUGUGUUUCAACCUACAUAAGGUUUAUAUAGCUUUGCUGCUUUAGAAACCUAUUGAAAAGCAUGUAUGUCCAGAGUCUUCCCUAGCGAUGGCAUCUAGGGGUGGACGUAAAUCAUCGAAUGAAAAUUGAAUCACAUAGCUGAAUCUGAAA